AUGGUUUUCCGAUUCGCCAAAACCCUCGACCCCAUAACCCUCUUCCAUACCCCCUCCAUCCAAUCCUCCAGCAAAGCCUACAACAUCCUCAAAGCUGCGUCCGCCGCGGCAAGCGAAGCCUCAACCCCAAUCGGCCGAGGCGAGUUCCAGCUCGAAGUCACCACCGCCCCGCCAACAACAGACCAGCUGCGCAACAUCCUGGAGUACGCUACAGGGGAUCCGAGUUCGGGCGGCAAAGCGGGCGGUCCGACGUAUGCGGUUUCGGAGAUUGUGCAGGGCGCGAGAGAUGCCGAGGAUGCGCUGAAGAAGUUUAAGGAGGACAGUGGGCGGUUUGUGAGGCCUGUAACGGUGGAUUGGACGAAUGGGCAGGCAGUUGUUGGGGACGAGGAGAGUGCGAUUUUGAAGAUGGUUAGACAGGCGAAUGAGUAG